AUGCCACAGAACCUUAUUUACCGACACAUUUGGUGGAAUGGCCCGGCUGCGUUGAAUCAGAGUAACGUGAAGGUGGUGCAACCGUAUUAUUUACAAGAUGACCAGCUACCUGAAAUGCGAACAUGCUUGAGUCUUGUUGUACCGCCAUUAAGAGACUUUCAGAAAGCCAACGAACUUGAUAAAGCCUUGAAGUUAAUAGUGUGUCUUGUACAAAACGAAGCUCUCCAGCCCGAGCUGCACGCAUUGAAGAAUGGUGGUACGCAUCGUCUACGAAGUUUACAACCGUUUGUUGAUCCAGUCGACGGUAUUCUCCGAGUUGGUGGUCGUGUGAAGAAGGCGUUUAUUCCGUACGAUAGUCGCCACCAAAUGCUAUUACCAGCGAAACAUCCUGUAACCGAAGUACUGAUUCAUCAUGAACAUCUAAACAACCUACAUGUAGGGCAGAGGGCCUUGCUGGCAAUCGUGCGUGAACGUUUUUGGCCACUGCAGGCUAAGAACACUAUUCGAAAGGUGAUUAAACAGUGUAUUCCGUGCUUCAGGGCAAAUCCGAUGAAAACGACACAAUUGAUGGGUGACCUCCCGUCGUAUCGAGUGCAGCCGUCCCCCGCUUUUUUCCACACUGGUGUCGAUUACGCGGGUCCUUUUUUGAUUAAAUCACUCAUCCAAGCACGCAAGUCGAUGAUAACGAAGGGCUACAUCUGUCUCUUUGUUUGCCUUAGUACACGUGCCAUUCAUCUAGAACUUGUAUCAAGCCUUACCACCGACGCCUUCCUUACUACUUUGAGGCGUUUUACUGGACGACGAGGACCUGUCAGCAAAAUCUACUCCGAUAAUGCUACCAACUUUGUUGGAGCUGAGGCUGAGUUGGAGCAAUUGUACACAUUGUUUGCUAUUGAACAUCAUAUCACGCAGCUGACAGAAUUUUGCGGAGGCCGGUCUAUUACGUGGAGUUUCAUUCCACCGAGAAGUCCACAUUUUGGUGGAAUUUGGGAGUCCGGAGUUAAGUCGGUCAAACACCACCUGAAGAGAGUUAUUGGCAAUCAGAAGCUGACGUUUGAAGAAAUGAGUACUGUACUGGUUCAGAUUGAGUCCGUCCUUAACUCAAGACCGCUGACUCCCUGUUCUGAUGACCCAACCGAUUUGACUGCCAUUACUCCUGCACAUUUCCUAGUUGGACGUCAAAUGCAGGCUAUUCCUGAACCGUCGUACACAACCAUGAAGCUUUCAACACUGUCACGGUGGCAAUUGGGGCAAGUCAUCCAGCAACAUUUUUGGAAACGGUGGUUGGUCGAGUACCUGUCGGGGAUGCAGAAUCGUCAGAAGUGGUUUAAGAGAACAAAAAUUAAAGAAGGAGCCUUGGUACUCAUCAACGAUCCCAAUGUUCCGCCGAUGCAGUGGCAACUCGGUAGAAUAAUCAAGACGCAUCCAGGAGACGACAACGCCAUCAGGGUUGUAACUCUGAGAACCGCGAAUGGGGCGAAUGUAAGCGGGGUGUAA